GCCGGAGCUGCUCCUCCUCCUCCUCCUCUUCCACCAUGAUGUCCAUGAACAGCAAGCAGGCCUUCAGCAUGCACCCCAUCCUCCACGAGCCCAAGUACACCCACCUCCACUCCAGCUCCGAGGCCCUCCGCAGGGCAUGCUUGCCCGCCCCGCAGCUGCAAGGCAACUUCUUCGCGGGGCUGGACGAGAGCCUGCUUCGGGGGGCCGAGGCGCUGGCGGCGGUGGACCUGGUCUCGGCCUCGUCGUCCUCCUCGUCGCCGCCCAAGAGCCACCCCUUCAAGCCAGAUGCCACCUACCACACCAUGAGCAGCGUGGCCUCCAACCUCUCCUGCCCGCCGGUCUCCUCCGCCGCCUCGGUCCACCUGCACCACCCGGCCGUCUUGGCUGGGCACCACCACCCUGGGCACCACCACCACCACCAUCACCACCAUCACCAACCGGGCCAGGGCUUGGAGGGCGAGCUCUUGGAGCACCUGGGCUCUGCCUUGCCCUUGCCGGAGGUGGCCACUGCCCCUGCCAGCCACCACCCGCCGCACCCCCACCAUCCCCACCCCCUCCAGGGGCUGAAUGCCCUGGGCCACCCCGCCCAUGCCCAGGCCCCGAUGGGCAUGGGCCCCCAUCCCCCGCACGGCUUGGCUUCCCACCCGGUGCUGGCCGGCCCCGAGACCGAGACAGACCCGCGGGAGUUGGAGUCCUUCGCGGAAAGGUUCAAACAGCGCCGGAUCAAGUUGGGGGUGACCCAAGCCGACGUGGGCUCUGCCCUGGCCAACCUCAAGAUCCCCGGCGUGGGCUGCCUGAGCCAGAGCACCAUCUGCCGCUUCGAGUCCCUGACCCUCUCGCAUAACAACAUGGUCGCCCUGAAGCCCAUCCUGGAAGCCUGGCUGGAGGAGGCCGAGCGGGCCCAGCGGGAGAAGCUGGCCAAGCCCGAGGGCGCCUACGCGGCCGGGGACAAGAAGAGGAAGCGCACCUCCAUCGCCGCCCCCGAGAAGCGCUCCCUGGAGGCCUACUUCGCCGUCCAGCCCCGGCCUUCCUCCGAGAAGAUCGCCGCCAUCGCCGAGAAGCUGGACCUCAAGAAGAACGUCGUCCGGGUCUGGUUCUGCAACCAGAGACAGAAGCAGAAGCGGAUGAAAUUCUCCGCCGCCUAUUAAAAGAACCACAAAGGGAUCGGACCGAAGGGAGGACUAAGGGGGAAGGGGGGAUCCUGAGGGG